AUCAUUAGUUACUGCAUAUAUAUGCGUAUGUUUAUAUAUAUAUGGGAGUUUAGUAGUGGUUGCUCAUUUGUGACUUCUCAAUACAUUUAUCUCUUGUGUAUCUUUUGCUCCUUUAGCAUGUCUUUUAUAUACAUCUAUCGCAAACCCUAGUAACUCGUCCAAGGUCGUGUUGGAGUCAAGAAGCUAAACCGUAACUAGCCUUAAGAGUUCAGACGUUUAUAAUCAAGUGCGAAUGGCAAUGGAUAAAGAUUACUCGGAACCCAAUUUCUUAGGUGAAUCCUCAGGCGGUAAGGAUGAUACCAGCGCUGGUAUGAUAGACUACAUGUUCAACAGAAACCUUCAGCAAGAAAAGCAAUCGAUGCCGGAACAGCAUCAACUGUCUCCUUCUCGAUUCGGAGCAACGCCAACUUUUGAUAAAAUGAGCUUUGCAGACGUGAUACAGUUUGCGGACUUCGGUCCGAAACUGGCGUUGAGCCAGACCAGAAAUGAAGACGAUCAAGAAACCGAGCCGGGGAUGGACCCGGUUUAUUUCUUAAAGUUCCCAGUCUUGAACGAUAAGAUAGAGGAUCAUAACCAAACUAAUCAUCUCAAGUCUCAAGAAGGAGGUGAGUGUGAAGGUAACAUAGGGAACGUGUUUCUUGAAGAAAAGGAAAACCAAGAAGAUGAAAACGAUAACAACUCCGUGCAGCUCCGUUUUAUUGGAGGAGAAGAAGAAGAAGAUAGAGAUAACAAAAAUGUUACCACAAAGGAGGUAAAGAGCAAGAGGAAGAGAGCUAGAACAAGCAAAACCAGCGAAGAAGUGGAAAGCCAAAGAAUGACUCAUAUCGCGGUCGAGAGGAACCGUAGGAAGCAAAUGAACGAGCAUCUUCGUGUACUCAGGUCUCUCAUGCCUGGGUCCUACGUCCAAAGGGGAGAUCAAGCGUCAAUCAUAGGAGGAGCAAUAGAGUUUGUACGAGAGCUUGAGCAACUCCUACAAUGUCUGGAAUCACAGAAGCGUCGGAGAAUCUUGGGAGAAACUGGAAAUAGGCAUCUUGGGGACAUGACCGCGACAACGACUACUUCUUCUCCCAUAACUUCGGUUAAUAAUCCCCAGAUUAUUACCGGAAAUGUAACCGAUUCAGAGGGUGGAGGAGUACUUCGGGAGGAGACGGCAGAGAAUAAGUCGUGUUUGGCUGAUGUAGAGGUGAAGCUGCUAGGGUUUGACGCCAUGAUCAAGAUACUUUCAAGAAGAAGACCAGGACAACUGAUUAAGACUAUAGCUGCUUUGGAGGAUCUUCAUCUCUCUAUCCUUCACACUAACAUCACUACCAUGGAACAAACCGUCCUCUACUCCUUCAAUGUCAAGAUUACAAGUGAGACAAGGUUUACGGCAGAAGACAUUGCAAGUUCGAUCCAGGAGAUAUUUAGUUUUAUUCAUGCAAAUACCACCAUGUAAUGAAUUAUAUAUUUCUCCUUUUAUUUCGGUCAAAGGUACUUUUCACAAGUUUACGUUUGUGGCUUAAAAACAAAAGUUGAUGAUGAAUCCAUUUUAAACGUCUU